AUGGCGACUCUCGCGUCGCUGGGCGCGACGAGCGUCGCGCCGCGCGCCGCGGCGCCGCGACGGGUCGCGAACGCGCGCGGCGUCGCGCGAGCGCCGCCGUCGCGCGGCGUCGCGCGAUGCGCGAAAAGAGGGGAGAGCCGCGGCGAUCGCGCGCUCGCGCGCGCGUGGGACGCGCGCGACGGACGCCGCGCGCGCGGGGGGGAACGCGGUGACGCGGCGGCGGCGCGCGCGCACGCCGCCGGCGCGCGCGCUUUCGAGGCGCGACGCCACCGCGGAAGCGGCGUCGCGCACGCCGCCGCGGGGGCGGUCGACGGCGGCGACGCGUCGGGGAGCACGCCGGGCGUCACGAUCGUUAAGCCCAAAGUGAGCGCGGGGAAGCUCCAGACUCGAAUCGCGUCCGCGCUCGUCCUCGGCGCGGCGGGCGCCGGCGUCAUCGUCGCCGGCGGCGUCUCCUUCGCGCUCUUCAUGAGCCUCGCGUCGUUCCUCGCGUCGAAGGAGUACUUCACGCUCGCGUCGAACAUGUCCGUGGAGCUGCCGUACCCGCCCGAGGAGUGGGUGAACACGAUGUGCGUCGCGAUGUGCACCGCGUUUCCGAUCAUCUUGUUUUCGUGCGGGGGCAAGCUGAACGUCAUCGUGCAGACGAUGAUGGGCGCGUACGGCGUCACCGCGACGCUGCUCAUGACGAAGCAAAAAGACCCGCACUUUUCGCAGUUCACGAGCGUGAUGUUCGGGUUCUUCUACUGCGGGUUUCUUCCGAGCUUCUGGGUGAAGCUUAGAGCGCUCGCGUGGGGCGCGACCGCCAGCGCGGGCGCCGGGAGCACCGGCAGCGCGUUCAUCUCGGCGUGGCCCGCCGCGUUCGGAGGCCCGGGGGUGUGGACCACGGGACUCAUCGCGACGAUCAUCGCGGUUCUGUGCAUCAUCGCGUCCGACGUCGGCGCGUACGUCGUCGGAAAGACGUUCGGGAAGCAUCAGUUGAUUCCGUUGUCCCCGAAUAAGACGAUCGAGGGCGCGGUGGGCGGCCUCGUCAGCACCGUCGGCGCCGCGUUCGCGCUGCGGUGGCUCCUCGGGUGGCAAGCCGGGGUGGUGCAGACGACGAUGCUCGGCUGCGUCAUCUUCUGGUCCGCGGUCGCGGGCGAUCUCAUGGAGUCCGUGAUGAAACGGAACGCGAACAUGAAGGACAGCGGGAACAUCAUUCCCGGCCACGGCGGGUUCCUCGAUCGCUUCGACUCGUAUCUGUUCACGGGAAUCGCGGUGUACUUUUUCAUCGUCACCGUGAUGCCCGCGUGGUUUCAGGGCGUCGUGCUGUGAUCUGAUCGAAACGCGAUCAGAUCACGUCGCUCGUGUUGUGUUGAGUUGAUUGAUGCGAUACGAUACGUCGCGCGCGCGGCGUGACAUCGCGUGCGCGUCGUCGCUCACGUCACGCGCGCACCCUUCUCUAUACUAUGUUGUGUAUCUAAAGUUUAGUUUAUGCAUCA